CGAACGCAUCGGGGCGGAUGUCCACCUCACUUCUCCCCGGGUGUUGUCCGUCUCCCCGGCUGCUACCAUCUACCCGAGCAGUUCACUUCAUUGUACUGACGGUGCUCAUCAAUUAGGCGAGAAUUAAGCCGUUUUAGAUGCAAUAGUAGUCUUUGAGCGCUUCGAAAGGGAUUAUAAACAGCCGGAAAGAGACGCAGAUAAGUUUUGAGUGCGGGCAGGCGGAGAGGAACGAAACACAGCCAUGCCCUCCGUGAUGGAGCGCUCGGGGGCCGGGGUCCUGUCCAGGAGCAGAGCCAAGACCGUAACCAACGGCAACAGCCAGCCGCACUCUGAAGAAGAGAGCAGCGAUGAAGAGCAUGCUCAUGACAGCAUGAUCAGAGUGGGAGGAGACUACCAGGCUCAGAUCCCAGAGUUCAAACCAGACAGUCCAACCCGCUACAAUGAGAAGGACCAGAGGAGCAUGCUGGUCUGGUGUCCCAACAGUCACCUUUCUGAUGCAAUGUUGGACGAGUAUAUCCUGAUGGCGAAAGAGAAACAUGGAUACAACAUGGAGCAGGCUCUGGGCAUGUUGCUAUGGCACAAGCACGACGUGGAGCGCUCACUCGCCGACCUAGCCAACUUCACCCCGUUCCCAGACGAGUGGACAGUGGAGGAUAAAGUGCUGUUCGAGCAGGCCUUCAGCUUCCAUGGCAAGAGCUUCCACCGCAUCCAGCAGAUGCUUCCAGAUAAGCUGAUCUCCAGCCUGGUGAAGUAUUACUACAGCUGGAAGAAGACCAGGACCAGGACCUCGGUCAUGGACCGUCAGGCCAGGAGGCUGGUCAACAAAAGAGAGAAAGAUGACAGUAAUGAUGAUCUGGAGGAAGGUGACCCAGGCAGUGACAGUGACUUUGAGAUUGACACCAAGAAAGAGGCAGUGAAACAGAACCCCAACAACGCCAGCUCUGACAAGGUGACCCCCAGCCGCUCUGGGCCAGUGAAGAAGGAAAGUAUCGGGGCUCAGUACCGCCACCACCCGCUCAGAGCACGCCGCAGGCCACCCAAAGGCAUGUACCUGGAGCAGGGAGACAUCACGUCCCUGUCGGCCUCCCACGACGCCGGUGUGCUAACUGUACGACAGCUGGACACGCAGUUGGUGUCACUCAAGAGACAGGUUCAGUCUAUUAAACAGAACAACAGUAGUUUGAAACAGAGCUUAAAUGAAGGUGUUGACACUUUCAGACCUGCUGAGCCUGUCUCUAAGAUGAACUCUCGUUGGACCACAGAGGAGCAGCUCCUGGCUGUACAGGCUAUCCGUCGCUAUGGUAAAGACUUUGCAGCUAUUGCUGAGGUGAUAGGGACCAAGACACCAGCUCAGGUGAGUUCGUUCUUCGUGAGCUACCGGCGCCGCUUCAACCUGGAUGAGGUGCUGAGGGAGUGGGCGGCUGAGCAGGUGGCCACCAGCCGCGACCAGAGAGACCCCAGGAGGAGCGGUGAGGAGAUGGCAGCUGCUACAGAUGGAGCCGCCGAGGAGGAUGAGGUCAAAAUGGAGGACUCUCCUUUGGACGCCGCCGGCGGUUCUACUCCCCCCUCCUCCACUCAGCCCCCUUCCUCCCUCUCCCAGCCUCCUCCGCUGCUGCGCCCUGCACCUCCCUCUGCUCCCCCCAGCCUCCUCCGCCAGCCUCCUCCUCUGCAGACGCGCCCGCUCCAGAACCGAGCGCCCCACAACCACCCUCCACCUCCGCUCAUCCGGCCUGCAGUGACCACCUCGUCGUCCUCCUCCACCGGGAGCUCCAGCCUCAGGGCGUCUCCUCCCAGCUCCUCGUCCUCCGCCGCAGGACAGAUGCAUCCGUCGCUGGUCGGGCUGAAAGUGGAGCAGCCCAUCUCGCACUGAUACACAAACACACGCGUGCACACACACAUAAUAGGAAUAGGAACACACACACACACACACAAAUUAGCAUGCAGACCCUGUAACGCCAUCGCUCCUAGCCUUUGUUUCUGGGACCGUUACACAUCACAUGACCACGCGAUUGAGUGGAUACACUCAGGUCCCUUUGGUGACAUCACAGCUCUUAAAAUGAGGCAGGAAAUGUGUGGGUACCCCCGCAGGUCUACUUUGUUAGGCAGUGGCCUGAAGCCUCUUCACUGUAUUAAGAAACACCUACCUCCACGUCUUCUUUCAUUAGCAUCAACACACACACACUCUACAAAAAAACAGUACCUACACACCCAAAACAAAGACACUGGAUCGUCAAGCUGUUGAAGGAAGCCAUGACCAGAGAGCAAAACCCACCUGCUUGUUUCCAUGGAAACUGCUGAACAUCUGGAUUACCGCAGAGUGCGGCUGAACACACACACAUUAUAUAUACAUAUAUCUAUACUGUAGAGUCCACUGGACAGGUAUCAAGUCGUCCGAACAACAUUCAGGAAAAUCAAAUGAACAAACGAAAGAAAGCCAGAAGAAGAGUCACCCACAUCAGAGCCAAACCUGAGGUCACAUAGAUUUAGGAAAAACCUUCAGAUUGUUGGAAAUUAUGUGAAGAAAACUCGCCUUUUCCUGCUGAGCUUUGCUUUAAAACUUGAGAGGCGUGAUAAGGUACUUUUUUUGCUAAGGAAGCGGCUUUUGUAAUCAGAGCCGUGCUAUGAGUUUAUCAUUAAGGCUUUAAAUAGUUGAAGCUGUUGAAAAAAGAAGAGCGAGAGAUCCCUCCUCUUCUCUCAUAGCCAUGUAUUACUAUUAACUGGAGUGAUGUUUCCCUUCUUUGACUAGACUUUUAAAGUGAGCUCUAGGUAGGCAGUUAGUUAAUGUAAGUAGUUUAGAUAGUGCAUACUUUAUUAUGAUGAUGAUUAUUGACUGAGCACUACGGAGAAAGAGCCUUUAAAACACGUGACUGGACUUUGUCUCGCUUUUCAAGAAGCCAUUUGCCACAGCUUGUUAUUUGUUUUUUUACUGGCUCAGCGUUUAAGCCCUACUGCUUAAUGUCUUAAUGCUGAACGAAACAUUAGCCUCUGUGUAAAGUGUGCGUGUAGAGGACUGGUUUACAAAGUGAAGGGGACGACUGACCUUUCCUGACAUCUGACAGAUAACCGUACACUGAAAAAUAAAAUGCUCUGCCACUCUCUGUUCUUGCUUUAAAAGCUCAUUGUGCCACAGAAUCCCCCUGGCAUUUGACAUUGCUGGCUUGCUCCCCACACGUUAGACAUGGGAAAAGUAGUAAAACAAAAAGGUGUUAAAAGGAUAAUUUGCUUUAAUGCAGAGUAAAUUGGGUGAGAAAUAAGGAAACAAGUCUAUUUUUGUCCAAAGGGUAACAACCCCCACCCUCCACCAGAACCUCUAAAGCUCACUAAUUAGCACUUAACAUACAAAAACAUGUAAAACCCGGGUUGGUUUUUUUGCUGGAUCGUUUCUUGGACCAAAAAAAAGUCUGGCAUAAAGGUCUAACCAAAGACGUUUGUAAAAUGUCAAUUUCUCGUUUUCGCACAUGAGCUACAACUAGUGAUCUUUAGGGGUGCUGGCGGGUGGAUUUUGUUACCUUCGGACAGAGCCAGUUAGCUGCUUCCAGUCUUUAUUCUAAGCUAAGAGUGUUCUCUGUAAUCUCUAGUCUGGUUGAGGUGAUUCAGUAAAGUAUUUUGUUGGCCAGCAUGUUGGGAUAAUUACAAAAGCAAAUUCACAAGGCUGUGACAACUCUUCUAAGCCCUCUGAGUCCAGUCAAGGCAGCUUUUCUCUCUGCUAAUUCAGAGUCCUGUCCAGGCACAGGAGGAGGUGAGAGAGGUCGGAGGGCAUCUGAAAGGAUUCACUUAGCCUGUGAACUGUCAAGAAAAUGCUGCAUUGCGCUGCCUCUGAAAUGUUUAGCUUGUGUUCCAGUCUUGGGUUUGAGGUGAUAUCAAGCGACCUCAUGAACAAAUGUAGAUGACUGAAUGAUAUUUUGUUGCUGUUACUUAAUUGUGAUUUCUGUUUGAACAUCGUCUGCUCGUCCCCUGCCGAAUCCGCCUCCUCUUCAUAGUCUAGCUGCCUGUGCAUUGCUGCCUUUUUCAAGCAGGUCUGGGAUUGCUCGUCGCGUGCUAACCUUUCUUUGAACUGUGUUCAGAGGCCUUCAGUUUAGCGCAGCACUGGGCGGGAACCAAAGGGGCCCAUCACUAUGUUUGGCUUUAAAGCUGCUUGCCUUUUGACUUUGCUUGUUUUCUUACAUUUGUUCCUUCCUCCAAAAAGUGCUUGUGUGUACUGUACGUGAGAAGUUGUUUACAUUGUGGAAAACUGUGUUUGAGAAAUGUUUUUUUUUAGAAUAAAGAAAUGACCAAAUAGCA